CGCCUUCUCCCCCGCCGUUUCUAGCCCGUUGCUCGGUCCCCUUCCUUGCAUCGAUCAAUCCAGACCAAACGGUCUCCCCCUUCCCUCCCCCCUUCCACUAAUAUCGGUUAUCGUCAACCUCGUGGGAAAACACCCCAAUUCCUGGUAUAGUCCCAGGUGAAAUUGUCGGCAUGACCCAACUUUUCGCCUCCAGUCCGUCCAAUGUGUCGAACGAGAAACGUGGAAACUUCCCCAGCCUCUCUCUCCCGUCCAGAAAACAUACAAAUGAGUCGAGCCAUUUCCCGACUAAGAUAAAGAAUUUUUUCCGCAUCAAUAGCUCAGGCAGCAAUUCGUCCCAUCAUAGUCAUCAUCACAGUAGCGACCGGGAUAGAGACGGAAGUCCCUCCGCUGCGGCCAAGGGCGAACCGAAAUCUACCUUCAGACAAUCCCGAUUCCUCCCUACAAUCGGUCGCAAUCGCUCAACCACCGUUGCUAGCGAAGGCAACCCACUGGACGAGGGGGUUUCUCCUACUGCAACCGCCAAUCCGUAUUUCGUUCACCAAGGGCAGCCUACCCUGCAGCAUCGCAAUGACGGUUCCGUACCUUCCUCUCCGCCAGACACUCCCGAGUUGCAGGUCGACGGUGUCUCGGCUGCAGAGCAGGCCACGACUGCCAACAAAGAAGAACUAGCUCGGAAACUCCGCCGCGUCGCUUCAGCUCCGAAUGCACAAGGUCUCUUUGCCCGGGGCGAGACCAAUGGACGCCCUCAAACGGCGGAGACUGGAAAAGAACAUCCUGUCGAAGAAACCGACUCUCAGAUUACCAUCGCAGAAGAGAAGGUCGGAAGCCUAGUCGUACCUACACUUGGUGCUGACGGCAAGAUCCCAAGUCCCGGCGAGAUUCGCAAUCAGGUUGCCUUCCGUAGAACAUACAGCUCCAAUUCGAUCAAGAUUCGUAAUGUGGAGGUUGGACCAAGCAGUUUCGACAAGAUCAAAUUGAUCGGCAAAGGUGACGUUGGAAAGGUGUAUCUCGUUCGCGAAAAGAAAACGAGUCGCUUGUAUGCUAUGAAGGUCCUAAGCAAGAAAGAGAUGAUUAAACGAAACAAAAUUAAAAGGGCACUGGCUGAACAAGAGAUUCUCGCCACGAGUAAUCAUCCAUUCAUUGUCACUCUCUAUCACUCUUUCCAGUCCGAAGAUUAUCUCUACUUAUGUAUGGAGUAUUGCAGCGGCGGUGAAUUUUUCCGAGCUCUUCAGACACGGCCGGGGAAAUGCAUUUCCGAAGACGCUGCUCGGUUCUAUGCAGCGGAAGUUACUGCCGCUCUAGAGUACCUUCAUCUCAUGGGUUUUAUCUACCGUGAUCUAAAGCCAGAAAACAUCCUUCUGCACCAGUCAGGCCAUAUAAUGCUGUCGGAUUUCGAUUUAUCCAAACAGUCGGGACCGGGUGGUGCGCCCACCAUGAUUCCGGCCCGGAACGGUAACUCGACAACUUCCUUGCCCACCAUCGACACUAAAUCAUGCAUUGCCGAUUUCAGGACGAACUCAUUCGUCGGUACAGAGGAGUAUAUUGCGCCAGAGGUUAUCAAGGGUUGCGGGCAUACCAGUGCAGUUGACUGGUGGACCCUUGGCAUCCUGAUUUAUGAAAUGCUCUACGGCACAACGCCUUUCAAGGGUAAGAACAGGAACGCAACUUUUGGCAACAUCCUUCGAGACGAUGUGCCAUUUCCUGAACACGCCGGGGCGCAGCAGGUCUCCAACAUGUGCAAAUCUUUGAUUCGUAAGUUGUUGAUUAAGGAUGAGACAAAGCGUCUCGGAGCUCGUGCUGGUGCUUCGGACGUAAAAACCCACCCUUUUUUCCGGCAAACACAAUGGGCACUUAUUCGCCAUAUGAAGCCGCCGAUGAUUCCUCAUCAAAGCCGAGGAACCGACACUCUCAAUUUCCGCAAUGUUAAAGAAAGUGCCAGUGUUGAUAUUGGCGGCAGCAACCCUACCAAGAUGAAGGGUGUCCCGAUGGAUUCUGGUCUUGCUACACCCAAUGCGGAAGUGAACGACCCAUUCGAAGAAUUCAACAGUGUUACUCUUCAUCAUGACGGCGAUAUGUAGUUGGUCCACUAAAACUACGGUGACCGUCUCUACAUGAUGAAGGAUACCGUUUGAGCAUCCCUUGCGUGGCUCUGGAGCUCAUUUCACGACGAUAACGCAUGAAAGAUCUUUGUAUCCGAAGCAACAGUUCCUUAUAGCUAUAAUUUGGAGUACGGGAGCUUAGAGUUUUUGUGGAGUUUCUCUUCUGUUUUACCUUCUAUC